AUGGUUCGUGCAGACCUGCUUUGCACUGAAGCAUGUGCACGAACGGAAGGUCUUGCACCGAGACCUGAAGACGCAGAACAUUUUCCUCAUGUCCAAUGGACAUGUGAAGCUCGGCGACUUCGGCAUUGCGAGGGUAUUGGAUGCCACCAAG